CAAGACGAGGCUGGGCGGCAUUCCUCACCUGGUAACAGACCAGACUUCAGGUAGAAAAUGUUCUCCUCAGAAACGUCGGAGUUUCAAGGAUAACUACAGCGAUUUGAGUGAAGUUAUUCGAUCAGACAGAGGCUUGAGACAUCAGGGAAGACCUAGAAGCGAAAGGAAUUUUUCUCUGUGCAAUAGAACGACAGAAAACCACCUGCCAAGAUGAUGCUCUCACGAGCCAAGCCGGCCACGGGCCCGGCGGCCUCCAGUCCUGCCAAGGAGUCGGGCAAGAAGAAGAAGAAACUGCCCAAGUUGGAGGAUUACCUGACCAACAGGGACUACACGGGGGCUAUCACACUUCUCGAGUUUAACCGUUCCAGUGGUAAAGGUAGUGAAGAGGUGGACAUGUGGAUCGCCUACUGUGCCUUUCACCUGGGCGAGUACAAGCGAGCCAUGGAGGAGUACCAGUCUAUGACGAAGCGAGACGGCUGCCACCCUGACGUCUGGGUGAACCUGGCCUGCUGUGACUUCUUCCUGGGCAUGUACAAGGAGGCGGACGAGGCGGCUCAGAAAUCCCCAAAAAGCCGCCUGCAGAACCGCCUUCUGUUCCACCUCUCACACAAGGUGAGCCAGAAUUCCGACUUUAAUGAUGAGAAGCGACUGAUGCACUACCACCAGAACCUACAGGACAUCAUAGAGGACCAGCUGAGUCUGGCCUCCAUACACUACCUCCGCUCACACUACCAGGAGGCCAUCGAUAUAUACAAGAGGAUCCUGCUAGAUAACAGAGACUACCUGGCCCUGAACGUGUACGUGGCUCUGUGUUACUACAAGUUGGAUUACUACGAUGUUUCCCAGGAGGUGUUAGCUGUGUACCUACAACACUACCCUGACAGUGCCAUCGCUAUCAACCUCAAAGCCUGCAACCACUUCAGACUCUACAACGGAAAGGCUGCAGAGCAAGAGCUGAAGACCCUCCAGGAGAUGGCCUCUCCCUCCUUCACGUUUGCUAAGGAGCUGAUCAAACAUAACCUGGUGGUGUUCCGGGGAGGGGAGGGCGCCCUGCAGGUCCUGCCUCCGCUCAUAGAUGUCAUCCCUGAAGCACGACUCAACCUCGUCAUCUACUAUCUCAGACAAGACGAUGUAUCUGAAGCCUAUAACCUGAUAAAGGACCUUGAGCCGACCACUCCGCAGGAGUACAUCCUGAAGGGCGUGGUGAACGCCGCGCUGGGACAGGAGACAGGCUCACGGGAACACCUCAAGAUCGCACAGCAGUACUUCCAACUGGUGGGGGGGUCCGCCAGCGAGUGUGACACCAUCCCAGGCAGACAGUGCAUGGCUUCAUGUUUCUUCCUACUCAAACAGUUUGAGGAUGUGCUCAUCUACUUUAACUCUAUCAAGAGUUAUUUCUACAACGACGACACGUUCAACUUCAACUACACGCAGGCGAAGGCCGCCGUGGGAAACUUCAAGGAGGCGGAGGAGGUGGCACUGCUGGUGCAGAACGAGAAACUCAAGAAUGACUACACCUAUCUCAGCUGGCUCGCCCGCAUCUACAUCAUGAACAACAAGGCACGGCUUGCCUGGGAGUUGUACCUGAAGAUGGAGACAUCAGGAGAAUCCUUCAGCCUGCUGCAGCUGAUCGCUAACGACUGCUACAAGAUGGGGCAGUUCUAUUAUGCAGCCAAGGCGUUUGAUGUUCUGGAGCGACUAGACCCAAACCCUGAGUACUGGGAGGGCAAACGUGGUGCCUGUGUCGGCGUCUUUCAACAGAUCAUCGCCGGACGGGAACCAAGGGACACAGUGAGAGAGAUAGUACAGCUACUGAGGAACACCAGCAACCCACAGGUGGAGUACAUCACCAGAACUAUCAAGAAAUGGGCCAAGGACAACAGGAUCACAGUCAGCUAGGGCACACACUAUCACAUGCUUCUACUGCUCAAUUAGUAAGAUAUGUUGAAGGGAAGGGGAGAUAGAUUUUAUAUCUUACAUGUAUCAGAAUGAAAAAGUAUGGGGAAUUUUUGGCUCAUUUUAGAAUGAUAUAUCCUGAAAUCUCUAUAGGGAUCUGAGAACCACAAGUCAAUUUUGGAAUAGCGCAAUUUCUUGUUUAGGUUUACAUAUUUGAGAACGAUUCAAGACUUGUAUAUAUUUGCUAUAAAGUAUUGUUAUCAUGUAUGGAUGGUCAUACAUGUAGCUUGCCAUGCUCACUUGUCAUGUCCAAUACUGGCUUGAUAAAAAGUAUUCCUGUGGCUUGACAUACAAAUAGUGUUCUUUUCUCUUCAGGUAGAAAAAUAGUUAAUUUUCUGUAGUAUAAAUUCAUGGUUGAAUCCGAUUUUCAAAUGAUUGUUCAUAAAUCAAUUGAUAUCUAAAACAAAAGGACAGAGUUUAGGUCCAUGUUUGUGUGAAUAUACUGUUCAUAAGGCUUUGAUGAUGUCACUGUUUGGCUGUAAAUAAGAUGGUAUGUAUAGCAGUUUGAAACUUUGUAAUAAAGAUAGAACAAACUUCUU